CAGGGGCAGUCGAGCCAGUGCAGGAACACACAGCGAAUGAACAACACUGACCCGCUACCUCGACAUGGAUCUCGCAGACUUCAUCGCGGAGAAGCGAGUUGAGUGAUGGACUCCCUGUUCAGCGGUCGUCUGAGUCUGCUGGGCAGCGUGGAGGGUGGUCUCCGCGAGGAGGGCGGCUGUGGGAUGGGCUGGCCCGCCUCGCUGGCCCCCCUCUCGGACGACAUGUACCCCCCCACCUCGCAGUUCGCCCUGGCCGCCGCCUACCACGACAUCAAGACACGGCUCGCCAGCCUGGAGCGCGAGAACAUCACCAUCAAGCACAAGCUGAAGAACUAUGAGGUUGAGUUCCCCAUGAUCAGUGAGUUUGUGGAGGAGAGAAGCUCCUGUUUCUCCUGUGACCCCAAAGAGUCUAGCCUCAUGCUGACGGACCACAGCAGUCUUCAGCAGAAGAUCAACUCCCUCACACAGGAGCUCCAGAAGAGCAAGGAGCGAGAGGAGAGACUUGAAGAUGUCAUCCAGGCCUACGAGAAGAUCCAUCUGGAAAAGAGUAACGUGCAGAGAGACCUGGACAAGAUGACCAGCCUAGCGGAGCAGCAUGUGGACCGUAUACGGGGCCUGGAGGUGGCGCUGCGGCAGAGAGACGACUCCCUGCAGAAACUCAGCUCCCGGCUACGCAGCACCAAGGACUCCCCCCCUGCCCACACACCACACAUGCGCGCUGGUCUCUCCGGAAAGGUCUCUCCACAGGGGCAUCCGCAUCCACACGUGCGCACCAGAGACACUGCCCACCUCCUGCAGCUCCACACCAGCCUGGACGUUCCCCGGGAGGGCCGGGGGCCGACACUGCAGAGUUCGCGCAGCCUGGACGCCCUGUCUGACCUGAAGGUGCAGAGGCUGGAGGCGGAGCUGGAGGGGGCGCGGCAUGAGGCCCAGGGGGCGUGUCAGAGGGAGGAGGGGCUGAAGGCCGAGCUACAGAGACUCCAGGAAGAGAUACGCCAGCUGCAGGAGAACCAGGAAAGGCCGGCAACAUGUGAACACUGUGACGUGGAGUGGAUCAAGAAGGCUGGAGAUGAACAGGUGAAUUUGGCUCUGGCCUAUACGGAGCUAACGGAGGAGCUUGGCCGCGUUCGCUCCCUGGCUGCCAAGCAGAGUGAGAUCCUGAGGCAAGCAGCCCAGGAGCAGCACAGCCCAGUCUCCCGCCACUCCCCGUCCUCCCAGCGUCCCUCCCCCUCCCCAGAGCGCCUCCCCCCCUCGCCCCCCAUCUCCCCUCCCACCGGGCCCGCCUCCUACACCAGCCGCCCUCCAAUAAGCCGCCUACGAGAGCGUUUCCAAGGCCGACGCAGCUACUCCGAGAUGUCCGACCCCACCCCCCACGGCCGACCCCCUAGCCACACCCGGCUGCUCUGCGACCCCAUCUCCACCCUGCCCAAGCCCCGUAACCUCAACCGAGGCGCCGGUGGGGGUGAGAGCGGCGCCUUCCAGCGUCUGCCCAGGGCGUCUCUGGCUGGAGCCAGGCCAGCCUCUGCCCACGGGGGCACCACUUUGGUGGGCGCAAGAGGGAGCCUGGGAGGCAGCCUGGGGGGCAGUUUGGGGGGCAGCCCUGCGCACCGCCACAGGGGGCUGGAGCUGGAGCUGGAGCUGGCCUUCCCAUUGGUCGAAAUGCAGCGGCUGUGCCACCUGGAACUGGAGGACCGCGAGAGCGCCGCCCGUGAGGUGCCCGUGUCCGUCUCCGUGAUGCCCACCCUGGCGCCGGCGCCGCUGGUCACGCCACCGCAGUCCUCGGACGAGGAGGAAGACUGGCACUGCCAACCGCCGUCUCCACCCCCGCCGGUGCAUAUGCACAACCACAGUCACAGUCACAGCCACAGCCACAGUCCGCCGCGCACCCUGGGUGCCAUCUUGCCCCCUCCGUGCCCACCGUUCCCUGCCCCCGAGGGACCCAGGACCCUCUCCGGCCACCCUCACCUGCCCCCUCAUCUGCCCCCUCACCUGGGCCAUCUGCAUGGAGACCACGCCCAGUCCUGGCCCUCCAUCAAUUUGUGGAUGGAGACGGAGGAGAAUGCGUCCCGCAGCUGCCCCCUGUGCCAGCUCACCUUCCCCACCGACUACCCAGACGACGCCCUCAUCAAACACAUCGACACACACCUGGAGAACAGCAAGAUCUGAGGGAUCA